AUGAUAUCUCUGGAUGUUAUAUUCUUAAACCAGCUUCGUAUAGAAUUUGGGAAAUCAUUCAAAGCAAAUUGGUUUGAUGAACGGAUCAAAGCUCUUGGAGUCGAAAAUGCUUAUUUCCCUAUGUUUGUCUCUUCACGAGUCUUGGAAAGAGAAAAGGAUCAUAUCGAAGGUUUCGCACCUGAAGUUGCUUGGGUCACAAGAGCAGGUAAAUCUGAAUUGGAAGAACAUAUUGCCAUUCGUCCUACAUCCGAGACGGUCAUGUACCCAUAUUACGCUAAAUGGAUCCAAAGUUACCGUGACUUACCUUUGAAGAUUAACCAAUGGAACAGUGUUGUUCGAUGGGAAUUCAAGAACCCACAACCAUUCAUUCGUACACGAGAAUUUCUUUGGCAAGAAGGACAUACAGCUCAUUUAACUAAACCAGAAGCAGAUACCGAAGUCCGACAGAUUUUAGAUCUGUACAAAGGAGUCUAUGAAGAAUUAUUAGCUGUACCAGUGACACCAGGGAUCAAAUCCGAAAAAGAAAAGUUUGCAGGAGGCUUAUAUACAACGACAGUUGAAGGAUUCAUCCCGACUUCAGGAAGAGGGAUUCAAGGAGCCACAUCACAUUGUUUAGGACAGAAUUUUUCAAAAAUGUUUAAUAUUUCAGUAGAAGAUCCAGCUAAACCGGUAGAUUCGAAACUGGGAGUUCAAGCUGAGAAAUUAUUUGUUUGGCAAAACUCAUGGGGUUUAUCGACUCGAACGAUUGGAGUGAUGGUGAUGGUACAUGGAGAUGAUAAAGGAUUAGUCUUACCACCUAGAGUGGCUCAAUUACAGGUGAUUGUCAUUCCGGUUGGGAUUGUAGCCUCGACCACUCAAGAAGGAAGAAAAGAAUUGUAUGAUAAGACAGAAGAACUGGCGGCACGAUUACGUAAGGCUGGGGUUCGAGCUAAAUCGGAUUUACGUGAAGGGUAUACUCCAGGAUGGAAAUUUAAUUCGUGGGAGAUGAAAGGGAUUCCAUUAAGACUUGAACUUGGACCUAAAGAUUUAGCUAAUCAAACUACAUUGGUGGUUAGACGAGAUACUGGAAUCAAAACUCCAUUUUCAUUAGAUAAACUUGAUGAAGAGAUUCCGGAAUUACUUGAACGGGUUCAGAGUGAAAUGUAUGAAAGAGCUAAAUUGGUUUAUGAUCAACAUCGUAGGAUCGUCACCGAAUGGGAUCGGUUUGUGCCGGCUUUGAAUGAGAAUUGUUCGUGUGUGAUUCCUUGGUGUGAAGAAGAAAGUUGUGAAGAUUCGAUUAAAGAUCAAAGUGCCAAAGAAAGUGCAGUUGAACAAGAUGAAAGAGCUCCAUCGGCUGGUGCUAAAUCUUUAUGUAUUCCAUUUGAUCAAAGUGUUUAUCCUAAACUUGAGAUUGGAGUGACGAAAUGUUUAGGAUAUGGUUGUAAGAAAGAUGCAAAAGCUUGGACUAUCUUUGGUAGAAGUUAUUAAAGAAACAAACAAGCAAUCAUUGAAAAAUCUGUCUGGUGUUGUUUUACAAAGAAAUUUAGAAAAAAAUGUGGUGCUUUUUUUUUCUUGAUCUUGAAAUUGAUUUUUUUUAUAAAAGUUUUGAAGUCGGUUUGAAAUUUUAGUUUUUUUUGUUUGUUUAUCACUUGUUUUUUGUUAACUUGAUUUGAACUCACUUAGAGUGAUUUGAUAUAUUUUUUUGCUUUAAUUUUUUUGGUU